UUCCACAGAAUGACAAGGACCAUGUUGCAUCAUAUCUUGCACAGCCUAGCACAGAGAACCGUCUGGAGGUGGAAACUGAUGGAUCACUUGAAGAGGAUCCCGUUACAGCACAUGAACAUGUUCCACAGAAUGACAAGGACCUUGUUGCAGCAUAUCUUGCACAGCCUAGCACAGAGAACCGUCUGGAGGUGGAAACUGAUGGAUCACUUGAAGAGGAUCCAGUUACAGCACAAGAACAUGUUCCACAGAAUGACAAGGACCUUGUUGCAGCAUAUCUUGCACAGCCUAGCACAGAGAACCGUCUGGAGGUGGAAACUGAUGGAUCACUUGAAGAGGAUCCAGUUACAGCACAAGAACAUGUUCCACAGAAUGACAAGGACCUUGUUGCAGCAUAUCUUGCACAGCCUAGCACAGAGAACCGUCUGGAGGUGGAAACUGAUGAAGAUCCUGUUACAGCACAUGAACAUGUUCCACAGAAUGACAAGGACCAUGUUGCAGCGUAUCUUGCACAACCUAGCACAGAGAACCGUCUGGAGGUGGAAACUGAUGGAUCACUUGAAGAGGGUCCAGUUACAGCACAUGAACAUGUUCCACAGAAUGACAAGGACCUUGUUGCAGCAUAUCUUGCACAGCCUAGCACAGAGAACCGUCUGGAGGUGGAAACUGAUGGAUCACUUGAAGAGGAUCCAGUUACAGCACAUGAACAUGUUCCACAGAAUGACAAGGACCUUGUUGCAGCAUAUCUUGCACAGCCUAGCACAGAGAACCGUCUGGAGGUGGAAAGUGAUGAAGAUCCCGUUACAGCACAUGAACAUGUUCCACAGAAUGACAAGGACCAUGUUGCAUCAUAUCUUGCACAGCUUAGCACAGAGAACCGUCUGGAGGUGGAAACUGAUGAGGAUCCAGUUACAGCACAUGAACAUGUUCCGCAGAAGGAUGAAGACCUUGUUGCAACAAAUGAACAUAUACCACACAUUCCACAGGAUGAUGAAAACCCUGUUGCAGCACAUGUACAUGACCCACAGAUUCCAAAGACUAAUAUUGAAUAUUAUGUAGAAGAUUCUAAUGAUAGUAGCAUCAGCAUUGUCUGGAAGGAACUAUCAUCAGUGAAGGAAUCUGACAGUUAUAUAUUAUGUCCCAUUACUGGUCAGUUUGUGAGAGCAUGUGGAAAUGAACUUAUCUAUACCAAGGAGGACUCAGAUGCUGCAUUUUCGGAUGUUGAGGACUUGGCUGAUGCUGGAAAGCCCUUUCAUCGUUUAGUGAACAAUAAAGUCAAAGUCAAAAGAAUUCGGAAAAUCAAUGGGAGGAGACCAUAUAACAAAAAGCUAUGCUGUUAUUUUUGUGGUAAAGUGUUCAACCACAGGAUUCAGAAGCAUCUAGAAAAUGGGCACAAACAUGAACUUAUGGUUGCUCAGGCCUGUGCCAAAAAUUCAAAGCGUGAAAGAGACAGGUUGUUUGAUAAACUUAAAAAUCUAGGAAAUUUUAAAUACAACAUAGAAGUGCUCA